AAUUUUUGUGUUUUGAUUUUGUACAAAAUUUCAUCAUCAAAUGAUUAUUGAUGUUACCUAAAGAAUCAACGAGAAUUAAUCAUCAUUAAUUAUUAUGCAUCAUAAAAAGGAAAAACGUCAUACAGUACCAAAUUCCAAUUAUCCAUCAUUUCCAUUCUAUCAAGAGGAAAUUGAAUUAAAAACCAAUUUAAUUGAUAAUAAUAAUAAUCCAAAUGAUGAUGAGGAUGAGGAUGUUCAUCAAUCACGGGCUGGUGAUAAUCCAACCAAUGAUAAUGAUAUUGAAUUUUGUAUGCAUGAUAAAUUGAAAAUGUGUUUCAGUGAAAUGCAAAAUAUAAAAGAUCAUUUUGAUAAAAGAAGACGACGAUUUCCUUCAUGUAAAAAGAAAUCGACACCAACAACAACAAUGGAUCAAACAACAUUCGAUCAACAAGAAUCGAGUGUUGGCCAUUCACAAAUGACGAAGAAUUUUCAAUCAACAUCAAAUCAAUCAAAUGAUGGUGAUGAUGGAUCAAAAUUUAAAGCACAUUUGAUUCGUACCAGAUCCAGAGAUUCAAUCGAUGAUGAUGAUAAUGUCCAAGAAAAUCCUACAACUUUUUCACGUCAAUCAAAUGCUGCUUCAAUGUCGAAUAAAUCGAAACGAUCCAUAUCCGAUCCAUACAAUUUAUUGUACCAACCCAGCAAUAAUGGGCAACAACAACAGCAACAACAAAAUUCAAUAUUUCCAGAAUAUAAACGAAUACCAACAUUUCAAUCAAUGCGUACUGUUGUAGAACCAGUAAAUCAAGAUCCAACUGCAGCAACAACAACAACAACGACGACGACGACUAAAAAACAACAAGGAUUUAAUGAAUGGCUUUCCAAACUUGAAGAAAUCAACGAUAUGUCACGAUCAACUAUUGAUCGUAUUCGUCGGCUUGAAAAUGAUAUAUUUGCCUUAAGAAAUACGACUGAAAAACAAAUGGAUUCAUCAUCAUCUCCAUCGGCAACGACAAAAACAUUGUUUACAUCAAAAAUUCCAAUUCAUAGUAAUGAAUCAGGUGGUGGAACAUAUGUACCACCAAUCAAUAAUAGAAUUAGAAAAAGAAGUGAUUUAAUCGAUAAAUCACAAAACACCGAUAUCGAUAUGACAUUCAUGAAUAAAUUACUUAAAUAUUGGGAAACCCAUUCUGGUUAUCCUAUCGAUUCAUUUCAAUCAACAAUGAACAGUGAACAACAACAACAACGACGACGACGAAAUAGUCAACAAUUGAAAGAUCCAAUACGACGAUUAACAACUACAAUAAGUCGAUCGGUUAAAAUACAAACCGAUUCGGAUGGUGAAAAAUCUUUUGAAGAAAAAGGUGUCACCACUGAUGAUGAUGUUGGUUUGUCCACCAAUUCUAAACACCGAAUUUUCAAUGAUAAUCAGCAACAGAAAUCCAAAUUGAAUCAGGAGAAUAAUGUUGUGGAUUUACCAACGAUUAUUGAAAAACCAAUGGUGGCCAAAACAAUAAACACGUUUCAUGUUUGUGCAGAUAAUAAACCGUUUCAGGAUAAUAUAUUGAUCGAUCUAAAUCCACCACGAAUACCAUCACCGCAACAACGACGACAUACACCGGAACCAAUUGUUGAAAUGUAUUCCGAUAGUGAUGAUACAUAUUUCGAUGAUUUUGAAAAAGAUAUUUUCAAUGAAAUUAGUCGCCGUGCAUUAAUUAGGAAUAAAAUUAUAUCAAGAAGUCGAUCAGCGCAACAACUUUUGCCACCAACGAGAAUGAUGGAAGACGAUAAUACGACGAUAAAUCGAACAACAAAUUCAUCAACACAAACCCAAAGAAAUGCUAUGAUGAUGAAACGAGAUAAUCAUACAACCCCAAUUAGCGCACAAAAAGGAAUGCAUUCUACAUCGAAAAUUAUUAUCGAACGAAAAACACAUGGCAAUCAAUCGACGAAACGAGAAGUAAUAAUUCAAACUGAUAUUGACCAUGAUGGCAAAGUUCGUCGUACAACAGAAAUACGUAAUACAAAACAUAUGUUACCAAUGGAUAUGAUUAAAAUUGAAAAUGAAUGUUUUCCACCAUUGAUGAUGAUGACAUCCGGUGGUGGUUCAACUAAUGAUAAAAAAGAAGCCAAUGACGAUGAUGAUUAUGAUGAACAAAAACAAGAACAAAAAGAACGACUGCAACGACGACAACAAAUGAAUAAUGUAUCACCGAAUCAAAAAAUGAACCAUAUAUUUCCAAUACGAACACAAUCAGCAUUCGAUUUGAUGACCGAUAAUAAUAAUGAUGAUUUACAUGGUAAAACAGAUGAUGAUUUUUUAUCGAAUAAAGCAUUCAGUUCAUUAGAUAUAUCAUCAUCAUCACCACCACCACCACAACCACAACCACCGCCACCACCGAUGGCAAAAAGUCCAGUGACAAGUGAAGGUUAUCACAGUGAAAGAUUAUUACAUGAUUCAUCACAUUCACAACGACAAUAUCUAAUUGAACCGCCAGAAUCAUUUCGUCAAACACCUCAAUAUUCUUCGCCAGACAAUAUCUGGGUAAUGAAUAAUGAAACUCUGAUUGAGAAUGUUGGCAAUAAUGAAAUGAAUAUAACGACAAAAGCAAGUACAACUCGUAAACCGACAACAUCUACAACAAGAUAUAAUGAAUCUCCAUCAUCUACCAAUGAACCACCAAAGACGUCAUCGAAAAAAUCUCAAACAACAACCACAGAUUCUAGAUUGAUCGAUAUGAAUUAUAUUGAUGAUUUGCCACAAUCUGCUACUCAUACGACAACGAAACCAAAUGUAACCACCUAUGUGCCGACAUAUCGUCAUAAUGAUUCGAAAAAUAAUAAUCUAAAUGAAUGUAAAUUUUCAAUUAUUUGUAAUAAUAAUGGUACCAAUAUUGUUUUCAGAGCUGAUUUCGGUAUCAACAAAUUACCAAUGUUUGAAACUAAUCUUUAACACACCCCCAAUCUGAAGGAAAUAUUCAUUUUUUUUUAUUGUUUGUACUGUCAUAAUAAUAACUUUGUUAAAAAAAUUUGAAUAAAAUAUGUAUUCUAUAAUCCGUCACUAGAUGGCAGCCAUGUCAAA